CUGCCCUGGGAACCGCAUCAGCCACGCAAAGCCAGGCGGUCCCCGCGCUGCGGCGUCGGCGUGUCCUACCUGCGCCUCGCUGGCCGUCGCGGGUUCUCAGGUGCGCUUUGUCUCGCCCAGUGCCAUGAUCCGGCAGGAACGUUCCACGUCCUACCAGGAGCUGAGUGAGGAGUUGGAUCAGGUGGUUGAGAACUCCGAGCAGGCUGACGAGCUGGAUAAGGAGACCAUUGAGGUCCAAGGUCCAGGUGCCGGACCAGGCGUGGACAGCGAGUCGGCCUCCAACAGCCUGCGCUUCAGCAAGGCUUGCCUGAAGAGCGUCUUCUCGGUCCUGCUCAUUUUCAUCUAUCUGCUGCUCAUGGCUGUGGCCGUCUUCCUGGUCUACCAGACCAUCACAGACUUCCGCGAGAAGCUCAAGCACCCAGUCAUGUCUGUGUCGUACAAGGAGGUGGACCGCUAUGACGCACCAGGUAUCGCCCUGUACCCUGGGCAGGCCCAGCUGCUCAGCUGUAAGCACUACUAUGAGGUCAUCCCGCCUCUGAUGAGCCCUGGCCAGCCUGGUGACAUGGACUGCACCACCCAGAGGAUCAACUAUACACACCCCUUCUCCAAUCAGACCAUGAAGUCCGCCCUGGUGGUUCAGGGGCCCCGCGAAGUGAAGAAGCGGGAGCUGGUCUUCCUGCAGUUUCGCCUGAACGGGAGCAGCGAGGACUUCAGUGCCAUCGACUACCUCCUCUUCUCCUCCUUUGAGGAGUUCCUGCAAAGCCCGGACAAGGCGGGCUUCAUGCAGGCUUGCGAGAGUGCCUACUCCAGCUGGAAGUUCUCAGGGGGCUUCCGCACCUGGGUCAAGAUGUCGCUGGUGAAGACCAAGGAGGAGGAUGGGCGGGAGGCAGUGGAGUUCAGGCAAGAGACCAGCGUGGUUAACUUCAACGAUCGGAGGCCAGCUGCCGAGAGGAGCGCUCAGCUGUUCUUUGUGGUCUUUGAAUGGAAAGAUCCUUUCAUCCAGAAAGUGCAAGAUAUAAUCACAGCCAAUCCUUGGAACACAAUCGCUCUUCUUUGUGGGGCCUUCCUGGCAUUAUUUAAAGCAUCAGAGUUUGCCAAGCUGAGUGUGAAGUGGAUGAUCAAAAUAAGGAAGCGACACCUUAAAAGAAGAGGCCAGGCACCAAACCACAUAAGCUGAGGCUCUUGUCGCUCACCGACCUGCUCACACCCUCGGAAGUCCUCAUCGCUUCCGCUGCACCCACCACGCGCCAGUCCUCCGGUACUCACUGGAAGCAAAGGACCUUGCAGGGAGGAACAACCUGGCAAACUAGGAUUUCCAGUGUGGCCCGGAAAAGGGAGACCGACCGGAAGCUGUUGAAGUAUUUAAAUUAUUUUAAGUAUUUAAAUUAUUGACAAACAUUUUAUAGCAUUGCCUUGCACAGUUGGGCAGAAGAUGCUUUUCUUCCUUUGUUGCUCACUGUGUAAAGCUGCAGCAGGGUAAUUAGGGCUUUAUACUUUUUUUUAAAUGUUUUUUUAAGUGGAGAAGAAAGUGUGAUUUUUCCUUCUCCAAAAGUCACAGCAAGCUGUGUGGGCCCUGCUUUGGAACCUUGCGCUGUACAUGGAGGACAAAGCUGAUGACAUUCGCCAUCUGUUGUCCAGCCUCUGACCACCUUUCUCAUUUACUAAUGAGACUUUAAAGCUACUAGGAACUAGGGAUUACAUUUCUUAUGGCCUGACUAGCCGCCUGCUUCUGCGGCUGGAGUCAGUGUUGAUGCAGAGUUCAGAGGGACAGUCAAAAGCACUAGAUGUAGACAGCAGGCGCCAGUGUUCUGAUGAUUUCAUCUGCAGCUCAGUAAAGGCUGGGUCAGCACAAGGGAUGAGCGUGCCCAGGUGAGGGGCUGCUGUCCACGGGCACCAGUGCUCUUCCUGGUAGGAACCUGGAUGCGGGCACCCACUGCCUCGCCCCGAGCCAUGGCAGCCACUUCCAGGGAGGAGGGUUGGUCACGGUGACCAAUGGCAGGUGGCCAGAAAGGGGGAAGGCCACACCCCGACACUGAGCUGGUUGCAAGGCACUGUGGCCUGCACCGCCACUGUCAGGACCACCCAGUGACCCCUGACCCUCAGAGCUAUGGCCUGCCCUGUGGCAGUGAGUACCUAUAAAACCAGGUAUGGUGUGUGCCGGCUGCCGGAAGGUUAUACAAACAUGCCCACUGCAU